UACAGAAUCAGUCUGAAGUGUUUUGUUUGCUUUACCUCGCGUGAUAUUCCUCGAUCAAAAUUACUGUGCUAUCCAAAAGGGACGAAAAUCUGUAAAGGGACGAACAAGAAAAGAGCCUUCGGCAAGGGUAAAUGAGGAUUCAGUGCCAUAUGCGAGGUUAGAUAGAUCGAGCGAGGUUAGGUUUAAACGUUGUCCGCCGAUCAAAAUGUUCACGAAGCCGUUCAAAAUCAAGUCUAAUUACCAGCUGAAGGGGACUGAGAGGAAAAAAUUAUGGGAGCAGAUAUUAGUGGCGUAUCCAACUUUGUCAGACGACGAGAUCCAAUCAGUUUUACCUAAGAAAGAAUCCAUUAGCAUUAUGAAAGUGGUGACGCAUGAUGGACACACAGGCAUGGUAUAUUGUGUCGCCAAGAUUCCCAUGUUUUUCCACUUAUACCUGGAUUCGGAUGUUACUGUGUUAGCGCCCACAAUUUAUACACUAUGGCACCACCCACGAUUGUUAAAAGCUUUCACCACGCGUACGCCAGUUGUGCCCAAAUUAAUGGGCGGUGCGGAUCUCAUGCUGCCCGGAUUGGUCCUGAAGGAGCCGAUGACUCUGUAUACCUUCGGUAAAUUACCAAAAGGCACUCUGGUAUCGGUCAACACCGAGGAGAACAAGGCUCCAGUUGCCGUCGGCUUCACGGCACUCUCCAGUGAGGACAUGUACCUGGCUGCUGGUCAUGGAAGAUGCGUGAAGAUUCUUCACGUUAUCGGCGAUAUGCUUUGUCAGAUAGACUCUAAAUCACCCUUGAGGCCUGACUUGGGACCACCGGAUACUGAUGAUCCUGUGAAUUCUUCGCAAAAGGUCGAGACGGACAAUUUAAAGUCGCGUGUAGAGCAACCUGAAACAUUGUCUGUCGAAUUACAGAGUCGAUUAGAUCUUGCCGAGGACUCCAACGACGUCGAAGAUGAGAUUGUGUCUGAGGAGCAAGUAGAAGAAACGGAAAACGUAGAAGAAACUAAAGAUUUAGUCGAGGAAUCGGUCACGAUUGAGCCGCAAGUACUCGAUCCAGUCCAAGAAAUGGAUAGAUUAUUGGAAUAUAGUUUCUUGAAGGCAUGCAAGAUGAUAAAAUCCAACGAUCUGCCGAUGUUAUCGUCCAACUUCUUUAAGAAUCAUCUGCUGGCCGCCUGCCCGCCGGGUAAAAACGUUGAUGUGAAAAAGUCUCGAUAUAAAAAGCUGUCAGUUUUUCUGGCGGAUAUGAAGGCCAAAGGAAUAAUCAAUACGUCCAUCACGAAAGGUGUAGAAACUCUGCUCUCGAUAAAGUUUGAUCAUCCGCUCGUGAGGGGAUUGGUGAUCACCGAGGAAUCGUCGGUUACGACGGAGCCGGCGGUUUCCAACAGCGCCGUUGUGUCCGAGUGCUACAAAGUGACCGCCGACGUUCUGCCGGUUCUGUCCAAGUUCGGUUACGAAAAGGGCGACGUAAUGAAAAGGGCGGACAUCAGGAAGUGCUUCACCGAGUACGUCAAGUCGGAGGACCUGCAGGACGGAAAAACGCUGAAGCUGAAUCCCCAGUUAGCGGGGAUCAUGCGGACCAAGGCCCACCAGGAGACGGUGACGAUGGAGGACGGGAUCAACAAGUUUAUCGGACGCAUGACGCACAUGCACGAGAUCACCGUCGCGGGGAACACCUUGUUGCACACGGGCAAAUUGGAACCGAUCGAUAUGAGGGUGACGGUGCGAUCGAACGGCAAGAAGGUGACGUUGGUGAACAAUCUGGAGACGUUCGGCAUCAACCCGAGGGAGUUCAGCAAGGAAUGCCAGAGCAUCGGCGCGAGCGCGACCAUCACCGACGAUCCCGGCAAGAAGACACCCAGCGUUCUCGUCCAGGGCAACCAAAUUUUAUACGUGUACAAACUGCUCACGGAGAAGUACCAGAUCAAGAAGAACUACAUAAGGGGCUUGGAGUUCGCUCCGAAGAAGAAGAAAUAGAUUCCGACCAAAGAGCAGACGUCCUCACGGAUUUUAUGGCAAGAUAAAGAGUUUAGUUUCGAUGUUAUAAUGGACAUGUAAUGGACAUGCAGAACUCUUUUACAUUUACGACCGUUAACAAUAAAGCCAUUCUUCGUUGUAUCACUGGUUUUUUUUAUCGACUUUCUCACGUACAAGCAGUCGAUCUUGACAAGUGUGACUGCGGCGCGCACCGUAAAGAUUACAUUUGCAAGGAGGGACUGCAUUGCCGUCGCUGAAGCGGGGAGAUAUUCCCUAACGGACGUUAAAAUUAGUUUUAUAAACGAUAUUUCGUUUUUUUUAUCACUGAAAGAUGCGCAACACAUACGAGCAAUUAAUAAAUAAAAGAAACUCAUGAAUGACUA